GGAGUUCCUGUAGUCAUUCGCUGCUAGAUCCUUGACUUGGUACGUUUCGCACAACACCUUCACGAUACCGUCCGAGACGUACCGAAAAUCUACGUUAUAAAAACCCCAAAAAAAAUACCCCCCCAAAAAAGAAAAUUAAUAUUAAAUUUUUCGCGAGUGACCCGAAUACGUUUCCAUUAAAAAAAUCGAACCCAAUUAGAACCCGGCGACUAAGUGAACUAGAAACCCAUACAAAUAACACGAACGAUCAGUGAUAAGUGCUUGAGUAAACGACCGAAAUCAAAAUAUUAAAUACCGCGGCGAUUUCAAAAUUAGCACCGCGGACCUCCCCGAGUGAAAGUGAUCUCUGUUAUUAACACGUUGAGUGAAGAACUGGAUCAUCAUCGGUAUAUACGACGACAGUGCACGCGCAAUGUUGCAUGCUGUGCGCCGUUGAUGAGAGGUCCUUGCAAGGACACCCCCGGAACCUGGACAAUUUACAAUUUUCCACCGAUUACGACCACGACAAUCCAAAGAUGAACCAACAGUGCAAAGUUUGCGGAGAGCCGGCCGCUGGUUUUCACUUUGGGGCGUUCACAUGUGAAGGAUGCAAGUCAUUCUUUGGGCGCUCCUACAACAAUUUAAGUACGAUAUCUGAAUGUAAAAAUAACGGAACAUGCGUCAUCAACAAAAAGAACAGAACAGCAUGCAAAGCAUGUAGAUUAAAAAAAUGUUUGGUUGUGGGAAUGUCAAAAAGCGGUUCGAGAUAUGGUAGAAGAUCAAAUUGGUUUAAAAUUCACUGUUUACUUCAAGAACAACAACAGCAACAGCAACAACAAGCUCAACACAACGAAAGUAGUUCUAUGACGGGUGUUGGAAUGAAACCGGAACAUAGAAUGUCACCUCCUCAAAGACAACCCUUACCGCUCAGUUUACUUCCUGGUCAACCCUUCCAUACUUCGUUCCUCCACUUACCUAAAACGAAAGAGGAAUUAAUGCUCUUAGGUUUAGAUGAUUAUAAACAUGCAGCAUCUCCGUCUGUUAGUCCACCGGAAUCUCAUAAUUCGGAUUCUUCUGUUGAAGUAAACGAAGCAAGGAGGUUUCCACCUUUAUUUCAUACACUUCUUCAUAAUCCUUUAUUAACACCUCCUGGAUUAUUAUUUCCUUCCGGGUACCCUCCCGUUUAUCCAGGUCUCCUACAACCUCAUAUUAACAAUAACAACAAAUUAAUACCGAACCAUAACGCCGAUACCGACGCUUUGAAUAAAAGAUUAGUGCUUGGACUUGAAGCCAUUAUGAAAUCAUCUCAACGUACUUCGCCCAUUUCAAUACCAGCGGUACAAGAAGAUCCUAUCGACUUAAGCAUGAAACCGGCCAGUGACCGAGGGUCGUCACCAGUACCGAGUGAUAGAUCGGCUUCGGAUAGUACAGAACGAGGAGCCGGAAGUGAAGCCGACGAAAGUGACUGUGAUUCUGAAAAACCCAUUAAAAGGAUCAAAUUAGUUAGAUUAAAUCCUUUGGAUUUGACCACUAAGGUGUGAUACUAACCUGGAUCAACCACCACUGUGUUCUUCCUUUCGAAAUAUAAAUCAUUUCUUCUCAAUUUCUGAGUACCCCUAAGAAAACAGAAACCCAAACUAAAUGAAAUAAUAAUGAAGUGUAUAAAACGGUUUUUUAAGUACAAUAUUCUUUUUACUGUAUGAAAAUGUUACCAUUACGAUUAUAAGAGUAUGAACUAAAGGUACUCAGUAUACAUAUCGUAUAUUAUAGUAUGUUCAAUAAAAGAAUCUCAAUUAAUACCAACUUAAAUAAAAAGAUAAUAAAAUAAUUAUAUCUUU